AUUGCUUUUCUAAAGGUGAGAUCACUUCUUUAUUGUAACUGUCGGGUUAAAGCCAAAACAGCAUCAAAUCUCUCUCAGUAUGGCUCAGGUUUGGUGCACUCGUCACCUUUCAAUACCCUGUGGACGCUCACAAUGCGCAGCCUCGACGUCGACGCACGGGCUGUAAGAGAGCUCUCCGGCUGCGAGGUGGGGAUCUUGGAGAAUAUAAGAGGUGCAGCCCACAUACAGAAAGAGCGCACACACACACACACACACACACACUCUCUCACACAGCUGACCGCUGCGAAGGGACCAUCGUCUCCUUCUCCAUCUCUCCAAAAAAUCUUUCACGCCGAGAUUCCCAGCUUCCAAACAUUUUUUCGGAAACUCUUUCACACUCUUUACUCUACUAUUUUUUGUUUUGCUUAUUAUUCGGAGCCGCUCCCAGACAUUUAAGUUCCUUCAGAUAAUUGUGUGAGCAAGUUUUCAGCACCGCGGGCAGAGUGGACAGCGGCCGCAGCAUGGAACCGUACACGGUCCCGGGAGCUCAGCUCUCCCUGUCCGACCUUUACUCCGUCAUCCCCUUUAAUGUCACCUUCCUGGACGAGGAGAGCGGCUUGGGGGGCGACAGGCUGCAGAACUACACGGAGCAGCAGGGUCCGGUGAGGAGCGCCGGGGGUAUAAUCAUAGCCAUAUCCAUCACGGCUCUCUACUCAGUCAUUUGCGUGGUGGGACUUCUGGGCAACAUCCUCGUCAUGUACGGGGUGGUCAGAUACACCAAGAUGAAGACAGCCACAAACAUCUACAUCUUCAACUUGGCUCUUGCUGACGCCUUGGCCACCAGCACGCUGCCCUUCCAGAGUGCCAAAUACCUCAUGAACACCUGGCCGUUUGGGGAAGUUCUGUGCAAGCUUAUUAUUGCCAUCGACUAUUACAACAUGUUCACAAGCAUCUUCACCCUUACCAUGAUGAGCGUGGACCGCUACAUCGCUGUGUGCCACCCAGUCCGGGCGCUGGCAUUUCGGACGCCAGUCAAGGCUAAGUUGAUCAAUGUGUUCAUCUGGGUUCUGUCCUCAGCAAUUGGAGUGCCCAUUAUGAUCAUGGCUGUGACCAAGGUGGCAGAUAAUGGUGAGACAGUGCUUCCCCCUUCCACUACCAUGUGCAUGUUGAAAUUCCCUGACCCUGACUGGUACUGGGACACGGUCACAAAGAUCUGCGUCUUCAUCUUUGCUUUUGUGGUUCCUGUGAUGGUCAUCACCAUAUGUUACGGCUUGAUGAUCCUGCGCCUGAGGAGCGUCCGUCUGCUCUCAGGUUCCAAGGAGAAAGACCGCAACAUGCGGCGCAUCACCCGCAUGGUCCUGGUGGUGGUGGCAGCCUUCAUUGUCUGCUGGACCCCCAUCCACAUCUUCAUAAUCGUGAAGACCAUGGUGGAGAUUGACAGCAGGAACCCUUUCGUGAUAGCCAGCUGGCACCUGUGUAUUGCUUUGGGCUACACCAACAGCAGCCUCAAUCCUGUCCUCUACGCAUUUUUGGAUGAAAAUUUUAAGCGAUGCUUCAGGGAUUUCUGCCUUCCAUGUAGGACCCGUGUGGAGCAGAACAAUUUGACCAGAGGCCGCAACACCACCAGAGAACCAGUAUCAGUCUGCACUCCAUCAGAAGCUGGAAAGAAGCCAGCAUGACUAGGCAUGGACUGGAUCCCCCACAGCUCUCGCUCAAGGAGAAUCCAGCAGGAUCUGCAAUCAGAGGUCACCCAGAUCUCCACAACUGAGUUUUAAGAGAUCAUUACAAGAAAAUUCAGUCAUGUCGCUUAUUCUCUCCAAUUUGCCUGACAUAUUGGACAUUCAAAGGAAAAGCUAAAGAAAAAUGAGGUUCACUCUGAUCCUUCUUUUCUAUUUGAGUUCUGAUACAAAAUAGAAUCUUUUUUUAUGAAACAGAUGAUCCCCAGCUUCUGUCCAAGAGUACAGAACUGCUUGAUGAUGAAAUGGACAACGGAUACACCAUUAACACACUAUCCUUGUGUUAAGUGUGGUGUUAAGUGUAUCAUUGUAAAACAGACUGACUCAGUCAGGACAAAAGAAUGUAGAAAGUGUGAAAAAAAUAAGCUUUUCAGUUCAAACUUUGUCAUUUCUUCUAAGGAAGAUUUUCUUUCAUUUUUCUUGAAUAUUAUUAGAUUAGAUUUUGGUGAAAAAAUAUUUUGAAGGAUCAGCACCAGAAAGAAAACUCUGUCAUCUGUACCUUAAACAUGAAGACAAAAUGAAGGAGCCUUACAUAACAUAACCACUCAAGUGAUACCCACUGAC